CCGCCGCCGCGCCAUGGAGAUGGAGCAAUUCAUCGAGAGCGUGCGCCGCUUCCCGUGCCUGUGGAACACCACGGCCAUCGAGUACCGCGACCAGGAGCUCAAGGACGCCGCCUGGACCGAGGUCAUGAAGGAGACCGACCUGUCCUCGGUGAAGGAGGUGAAGCUGAAGUGGAAGAAGCUGCGCGACAGCUACCGCGACGCGCUGAAGCGGCAGAGCGAGCUGCUCGCGCGCGAGCCCGGCGCCGCGCCCGCCAAGAAGGCCUGCCCCUGGAAGUACAUGCAGCCCAUGCAGUUCCUGCAGCCGCACAUGAACGUGCGGAAGAAGGCCGCCAGCCCGCCCGCCCCGCCGGCGCGCGGCGCGGCGCAGCGCAACGGCGACGCGCGCUCGUCCGACGACUCGGAGUCGGAGCCCGAGUCCGAGCCCAAGCGCAAGAGCAGCGAGCGCCUCACCGUCAUCGACCGCAAGCUGGACUACCUCUGCAAAGCGCAGAGCAAGCGGCAGUUCACGGAGGCCAGCUACCAGGAGCGCAAGCGCGAGGCGCCGCCGCCGCCGGGCGCCGCGGCCGACGCGCUCGACAUCUUCUUCAACAGCAUGUGCCAGUCCACCAAGCGCUUCCCCUACCCCACGCAGAUCAAGAUCAAGAAGACGCUGUUCGGCGCCGUCAUCGAGGCGGAGGAGGCGCUGGUGGCGGAGCAGCAGAGCUACGCGAGCCUGUGGGCGCGCGCCGCCUCCUCGACCAGCAGCGAGGCGGAGGCCGACGACGACAAGCCCUCCUGAGCCGCGCCCGCCGCGCCCGCGCUGCCCCCCGCGCUCUACCACUACUACGCCACCUACGCGCACUACGCCGCCACCGCCGCCGCCUCCGCCUCCGCCUCCGCCGACCACUACGCGCCCUGAACCGGACGAUUGUGCCCGUGGAAUAUGUGAGUUGACAUGGACAACAUUCGUAUGGACCAAAGCAAAUAACCAAUUUGCGAAUUAUUAUGUAAGUAGGUAUAUAGUUUUUAGAAAAUGUGGGAUUUGACGCUAAGAAAAAGGACAAAGACAAUGCGGAGGUUGAUCUAUUUCCAGUGAGCAGUAUUGUAGGCAGGGAUAUUGUUAAGUAUGUAUUUAGAUGCAACAUUGUUGGUUGUGUAGUGUGUACAUUAUUAUAUGUAUCGCAAUAUUAACAUAAUAAGGUUGCUGGAGGUUCAAAUAUGUAUGACAUCCAUAUAGUAAUGAUAACGUCGAGUGUUGAUUAGCUGUUGAUGUACGUGUAAUUUGACAUAGUCUGGAAAGGAAAAACGAAAGCUUUUAAAAUACUGAGCUAUAUACAAUAUAGUUAACGAUAUUAUGUUCUUGGUUGUCGACGUUGCUACAUGCUACAGAAGGUUCCAAUAAAAAACCAGCAGACUGUUGCUGUAUUCAUUGUUGUACUCGUAAUGUCUAAGGUACACCGAUCCGUGGUAUCGACGUAAUAAUAUAAGAAAUUUUGUAGAAUUUGUGUGACUCAAAAUCCAAGCCAAAUGUAGUACCUACCUAUUUUGCAAUUUGCAAAGUUCAUCAUCCUUCAUUUUGUACUUUUACAAUGACAGAUAAAUAUUAGUCUAUAGAAAAGUAAAUCUUUUAUUGCUUAACUUAAAAUAAAAAGGAAAGCUGCUCCAGUAAAAAAAGUUGGCAGUGUGAUAUAAAGAUUUAUAGGAUUAUGUAAACAAUAAAACGUUGAGUAUGAAAAUGAUGAGGAAGAUAGGCAUGUUAGUAGCAAAACACUAAUUUUAUAAUUGUGGGACGUAAUUAUAAUUUGUUACUGUUACGUAAUAAUUGAGACCUUGAUUCAGUAAACAUUUUUGUGAAAAUUGUUGCCUUUAAUAAUUUGUUUCAAGGUUUAACCAAAACUUUGCUACCAUGUUUUUAUCAUCCUUCAAGCCUGAUUACCGCAACCUGACGAAUAUAACUAUAAUUUUAUGUUCCAGUUCUGGUGUAUCGUUUUUUUUUAUUUUUUAUACUAAAAAUAAAUAAGCAUAGCCGGUAAUUUUACCAACAGAAAUAAAAUCCAUUCGCCUCAUCCCUACCGGCACCGCUUUUGACUGCGCGUCCUGUUUACGUCAUAGCGGCGUAAAAUAAAAACGUGCGCCCGCGUCACGCAACAUCAGCUGAUCGCAGGGCGGCGUGUCAAGGCCGGCACCCCUGUCACCCCCUGUUCCCCCACAGUCCACACACUACACACUACACAGGCCACACAUCGAAGCCGUUAGAGCUAUAAAGGUUCUUAGAAUGUGCAACAGCUGUUUUCUGUCAAAGGAAACAUAUGUUUUGUAUGACUGUGUGUGUAAUGCACCUUUCAAAAUUCCGGGCUUCAUAGAAACCGAGCGACACAGUUUUUAGUUUCCUGUUUUUUGUGCCAGAAAAAGUUUUGCGGAACGUUA